UGAGGGUGUUUCCUGUGUUAUAGUGCCAAGAUGGCGAAAACAUACGACUAUUUAUUUAAACUUUUACUUAUUGGUGACUCUGGUGUAGGAAAAACGUGUUUAUUGUUUAGAUUUUCAGAAGAUGCUUUUAAUUCUACAUUUAUAUCAACCAUAGGUAUAGAUUUUAAGAUUAGAACAAUAGAAUUGGACGGUAAGAAGAUAAAAUUACAAAUAUGGGACACAGCUGGUCAAGAAAGGUUUCGAACCAUAACAACAGCAUACUACAGAGGAGCAAUGGGAAUUAUGCUUGUGUAUGAUAUAACCAGUGAAAAAUCGUUUGAAAAUAUAAGAAACUGGAUCAGAAAUAUAGAAGAGCAUGCUUCUAAAGAUGUAGAAAAGAUGAUUCUUGCUAAUAAAUGUGAUAUGAAUGACAGACGGCAGGUGUCAAAGGAGAGGGGAGAAAAUCUGGCCGUAGAACAUGGUAUAAAAUUUAUGGAAACCAGUGCCAAGGCAUCAAUUAAUGUAGACGAAGCAUUUUUUACUCUAGCAAGAGACAUUAAAGGAAAAAUGGACAGAAAAUCAGAUGCUACAACAAAUGCGAAAUCAGGCGGAUACCAAUUGAAGAAAGACAAUGCUCCCAAGAAAUCUUUCUGGAAGUGUUCCAUACUCUGAUUGGUGCUUUUAGUAAAUGUGAUUUUGUAAUGUACCAACAAUUUUGUAAAGAAACAACUUUUGAGCGUCCGAGUUCAUCCGUGAAAAAUGAAAAAAAAAAAAGGAACACUUGAAGUGCUUGUAUCAUUGUCUUGUUUAUUACACCUUGUAGGUCAUUAUCUGAAUCAUGGAUAUAUUUCCCAAGAGAUGAAUAAAAAACAGGGUAAAAUAUUGCCAGAAUCAUUCUAAAGAAAUAAAAGAUAAACUCAUGGUUUAUACAUAUUAACCAGAUAAGAAUAUACCAAAUCCACAUACUAGAUAUUACAAUAGUCCUAAUCUUAAUUUAUUGAAUACCAAAAUUUUGUUUUGAAGAUGGGGAAAAGAAAAAAAUAUGCUGAUGUUCCUGCACACUGUUUAUUUAUUCAUGAUGACCUUUAAUACAGGGUGAACAAGUCGACCCAAUCUGCUUUUUGUAGGAAUUACUGCAGUGAUAUAUAUAUAUAAUGUAUAAAGGUUUGCAGUAAACCUUUAUUUAUUAUUACAUGUAUCUAUAUUAGAUGUUUUAAUGUGUAUACAUAUUAUUGAUUUAUAUUUUCAAAACAAUCAUGCUCAGUAUCUGAAUACAGAAAUCAGUUCAAUUUGGGGAUUGUUAACAAUAAUCUAAAAUUGUGAACAUGAAACUUAAAUUAAUGUUAUUAUUAUUAUAUCUUGAUAAUUUUUUGGUUUGUAAAUUCUCUUUACAUUUUGGAAUUUCAUAAUGUUUUGGUUAAUCCAUACAAUUUUAAUUUAUCAUAUUUAAUUAUGAAGAUGAUAUUACUAUUUUGAAAAGGUUAAAUCAAAUUAAUAUACCUGUAUAUUUUUUAUGAGAUAAAUAUUUUAUUAGGCGUUUAUUAAAAGAGGCAUUAGCACUUCUAACAAGAAAAUAGAUAAUAAAGUUUAUAUAUACCAGUAAACAUAUUAAAGAUAGGUUCCCAUCAUACUAGAAAAAUACUGGUUCCCUAAAAAAAAAAAACACUCAUGGAGCGUAUACAGGACAAAAAUGUAAGAGUUCCCCUAAUCGACAGCCCGACGAUUAGGAAUGGCUGCACGCAUGACGUCGAAGGUUGCACACGAAGAUUGAGCGCUUGGUGUACAUGUUGAUAAACUUGAUGAAGAGUUAGACGCACAACACUUUCUAAGAUAAAAAUCACGGAAAAAGACGCGGGCAGUGGAUAAUCCGAGAAUUUAAUUAGGAUUCAAUAUUUGUAAUAAAUAGUCAGCGAUUAAAGACAACAUCGUCUUGUGUAUGCAAUGAAUUCUCUUCUGACCUCGCAAGGGUUGCUAUAGGUACUGAGGGUGGUAAGUCACGUGACACAAACAUGACCUUUUUUGGUCGAUUUUUAUAGCAGGGUAUUCCUUGGCAAUUACAAUGUUUUGAGAAGGAUUUGAAGCAAAAUUAUGAUAAAUUACUUAGUUUGAAUAUGUUGUUAGUCCAAAUAUAUCAUCAAAUCGCCCAGUUUGUACGCGGGAAUGUAUUUUUAAACAUUACAUUAGACAUUCUUUACUACAGAAAAUCCAGACAGUGCUCUACUUGGGGCCAAGCAUUUUGCACGAGUGUUCUAUAAGCUCCUUUAAAACUACAAUAGGCUAUUGGUCUCAUACAAUCCAAUUUGAACACAACACUUACACCACUGAUGUAACAGUACAGUCAAAUCCUUUCAAAUCUCAACUUAUUUUUCUACUGAAGAUCUCUAAAGUAUUGAUGCCCCCUGUUAAGAAAAGAUUUAUACAAGUGUGUUGCCAUUUCUGUAUUCAGAUGCAUGUAACGUUACAGGCAUAUAAUUAUAAAUUGAGAUUACGCCAGCAACUUUGUAAAUACAUGUACAUGCGUAUAUCCUGCAAUAAAUUUGUUAUGAAAGGAUUUAUACCUAUAUUUUGUAAAUAUUCUGUCCAAUUUGUUGUAGAUUUUAGUUUGUUAAGUCAUGUUUUGUUAUAAUAUUUACACUUAAUGUAUGUUUACUGAUAAAAAAAAUUGUUAAUUAACUACAUUGUAAUACCUUUUCUUUGCUUUUGAGGAAAUCUUUUUAAAAACCUAAGGAAAAAGUCAGACUAACAGUCUACUUUAAUCUAAUAUUCUAAAUUUAAAAAAGAGUGGGUGAAAGGAAAUACAUUUUUGUAUAGAGCUUAUAUAUAUUGAAAACACACCUCUUUUAUUAAUGGAUGAUUGUAAAUCUCAUUUGAUACUAUUUAAUCUAUAAAUUCUCAAUGUACAAACACCAGACCCUUGACGAUAACAUAGAAUAAUAUUUUCAUGGUCGCGUAAACACACCAAAGAUCAUUUCUCUCAAACAGAUAACAUUGUAUUUGACAGAAUGGGAAUGUAAAAAAUCACGAUUUUGUCGUGCAGACAUGGGGUAUACCAUAUCCUUCUGUGGAAGAUGUAACAAACAUGUCAAGGUUGACACCCGAACACUGAGAACGUGCCAUUACGUUAAUUCCUAUUUUCUUUGACAUCAUGCAGACUUUUCUACCUUAAAACAUAAAAGAUAUUGUGCUUGGAAAAUAUUUGGUACUAUAAUGCAGCAUUAAUUAAUGUUUUAGAUAGAUCAUGACAACUUUAAUCUCGCAAAAUACUGUCUUCUAAUGAGAACCAGGUGCAGUUGUAAUAUCCGACAUUUGAUCCUAUUAACUCGUAAUAGUUUACAAAUCAUAUUCCUGGUUACAGUUUGUAUUCCUUUAGUCAGAAGUAUAUGAAUUAUAACAAAGUCAUCUGUGUCGGCCUUAUGUAUUUGAAACGAGUAAAACAUCUUGGUCGUUAAUAUUUUUAAGACACUGACAGAAAUAUAAAGUGUUCUUGAUUGUAUGAAGAAGGGGAUCUUUGUGUAACAAAAAUGGAGAGCAAGGUCUUAAAGAACUAGUCUUAAAGUUAAUACAGUCUUGGAUAAUUUCAAUCUAAUUAAAACACAGAUCCUAUUUCGUUUUGAUUUACUUGUCUUUACUACCCUUGGAUCUGGAAGAGUUGUUAUAUAAACCGCAUUCUGGUUGAUCUUAGGCAUUGACAAUGAAACGGUCUGUUACGGUGAGUUCUUGGUGUGUGGUGCACGGAACUGUGGGUAUCCCACUAGAAACAUCAACGCUGAUUGGUUAAUCAAAUGUCUGACAUCAUAGGGUCAAAAGCUGCUUGUAUAAAAAAACGAAACGAAAUAUACAUCUGUAUUUUAAUCAUUGGGAUAAAUUUCACAACAAUUUCAUGUAAUCAAUUUUUUGAUGUGUUAUAAUGUAGCUAUAUGCUUUAUCUUAUAGACAUGUGUUAUAUCUAGAACAAAACACAGCUAAAUAAUCACACUGGCAGCCGGCUUUAUUUUUUGCAACAACAAUGGUUGGUUGUUCUAGACAGUUCUUGUAAAUUUCAUAAAUAUAUGUUUGAAUUUCUUAAGGUUUAAUCCCAUACUGCAUAAUCUGCCAUAUAAAGGUGAUCAUUAUUAUCAAGUUUCUAUUAUAACUAAGAUCUCUUAUAUUAUUAAUCAAAGAAAGACUUUAAUCUUCAUUGUGAUAGACAAUUGGAUAAUCCUAAUACAAAUACAUUACCGGUACUCAUUUAUAUCUAAUUCAGAAAAAAAAAAUUGAUAUUGUUUUAAUUAUAGGAGCAAUCAUUUUUUUGACAUUUUCUGGCUUUAAAAAAUUAAUAAAGAAUCUUUGAUUUUAAAGUUUUUAACUUUUGAUCUGAAAUCUUCUCAUGAUUUAAGUUGGUCUAUUUGUCAUUUGAUUUUACAUUAAACCAAUCAUAUUCAUUGUGGAUUUACAAAUUUUGAAUUAAUAUAUGUACUGGUAAAUGAUCAUGCUUAUUGAUAUACUCUAAUCUAAUAGUUGCAUUUAUAUGUCAAUACACUAGUCUAUGAAAGUAGUGUUAACUAAUCACAAAAUUCACGAACAAGUACAAGCAUACUAUGGACCAGGAACCGAGCAUGACGUCAUCACAGCCAUCUCAGAGAUUGUGAGGUAUAAAUCAGAGUCAAUAAUGUACAAGGAACAAGCAUGUCAAGAAGAUGAUUAGUGUUUGGGGCCCAGUUUCUGGUCCAGAAAGAUUGCCAGGCAUAUUUUGCAUAUAUUUCACAAAAAUUUGUGUACACUAACUUGUACUUUACAAGGUAACAUUGUGUAUCCACUGCUGUAUAACUGAAAUCUAGAGGCUUUACAGUCCAUAUAAAUAUAACAGCUGGUGAAUUUAUUUUUCAAUUAAUAAAAGUUAAGAUGAUUAAUAAUUUAUUAAAGUUUAGAUGUAUUCCUUAUUUGUAGUUCGCUUGAACACUUUAAAAACUUUAAUUUAAAGAGACAACUGCUUUUUAAGGCAUGUUACAUUUAAUCUGAGACCUUAGAACUUAAAAUUGAAAGAUGCUAAAAUACCUCAUUGUACAUAAUAUUUUAUCUUAUUCAAGAAAGAUAGAAAGAUAAUGCCUUGAACAUCUUCAUGUAGGUUUGUUUAAAACAAUGUUCAAAAUUUAUUGAACAAUUCAAAACUAUAUUUUUAUCUGCAUUUAGAUAUAUUAUCCUACAUUCUUCAAACAUGUCAUUUGACAAAUCUUUUGAUAAUUAUGAAAUAUUAAUGUAUCUAUCAGAUAAUUUUAAACAAUUUUUAGUUCUAUGUUUUCCAAAUAAUUAUUGUUUACAAGCACAUUAUAGAUGUCUAUAUUUAAUAUUAAACAAGGGCAGACUGAUAUACAAUGUAUGUGUAUAUAGAAUAUCAUGGAUAGAUAAGUAAUUAACUGCAAAGCUUCUUAUUUAAAGGCAGAAUGUCAUUAUUUGUCCAUUACUGGUACAGAUAGGGAAAAUCUAUUAAAAAUAAAAACAUUUCAUGGACUGGAUCAUUGGUCGUACACUGUUCAGAUAUAAGUUCUUUGGAUUUAUCCAGUCAAGUAUUUCAAUGGGGGCGCAUAUUGCAAAUGAUACAAAUAAAAACAGUAGGGUGAAAUAAGCAUAUAUUGUAUAGGCAUAUGAUUUUGCCUCAUAAUAGCACCCCUGUUCACUUUAUAUUAUUAUACACACAUAUAUUAUGUGGGAUUAUAUUUCUGUCUAUGUUGGUCAUAAAGAGGGAUCCUAUUUAGGAAUGCACUUUAACUCUUUAUGUUGUUGCUCCUGUCACUGAAACUUUGUAAUGUUCAGCAAGGAAUAAUUAAAAUUUUGAAUACAUCAAUACCUAGACUAAGUUUGAUAGUGAUAUUGGCUGCUUUAGGCUAACUAGUAAUAAACAAUUUGAUUGGUCAAGACUUUGGAACACAAUACAGUAACUCUACUUUUAAUUGAGUUAAAAUUUUUAAACUUGGUGAAUGUCUUGACUUGGUUCAAUAAUUUUCAAUUUCCACUAAGGCUAAACCAAAAUUAGCUAUUUGAUUGGUAGAUGCUUUGGACAAGAUAUCCUUGAUUCUAACUGUGGGAGACUGAUGAAACUUUGUGUAUAGUUUCACCACAUCAAAACGUUGACUAAGUUCGGUCAAGAGCAUUUCGAGUUCAGGUUAAGUAUAGACAAACAGUUUGAUUGCUCAAUGCUAAAUGAUAAAUCUGCAAUUAAUUAGUAGCCUAUGUGUCAUCAAUUUAUUUUGGAAUUGAAGCUGCAGACAUCAGUCUCACUGUUGGAUUGUUUUAAAACCAAAAUGACACAUCCAUUGUUGCCCCUGCCAACAAAAUGCUCUAUAGGUCAUAGUUGUUGAGAUUUCCUUCAAACUUGGUGUUUUGAGAAGCACAUCAGCUAUGUGCAGAGUUAUUGCCCCUGUCAGCGAAACAUUGUAAAUAUUCAAAAACAGUCAAGUGUUGUUAGGGAGUUCUUUUUCUUUUUUUUUAAAAACUUUCUGGCAUUGUUCAACUAGUCAUAAGGAGGAACCCUAUCAAAAUAAGAAGUCGCACAUGGAUUUUGAAGGUUUGUAAACGCUCUACAGUCUGCCCUCGUUCUAAGUUUAACUUGAUAUUGUAAAACUCAACUAUAUUUAAUUGUGUAUUUUUAUUUAAGUUCAGCAGCUGUACAUAAUAUAGCCUUGCUCUGUGCCAUGCAUUAUGUACAUUGUUUUGUACAUUCAUUGAAAAAGUUAAAUAAAAAUUACAAUGUAGUAUUCUUA